CGGAAAAUAUACUAAUCUAUCAGACUUUGACGCAACCCAACGUCAACCUCUCCUCCACCAAUGGCAGACGCCGCCGUAUUUUCUCCCGCCGGUGACGGCCUAUCGCCUAACUCCGGCAUCGAAAUCAUCGUGGAUGAAACUUCUGAAAACAGUGAGGACCUUCUGGAUGAAGGAGAGGAAUGCUUCAAGAUUGAAGCACGCGACCUUGGAAAUGAAGACAGAAAAAUACUUAAACUCAAGAACACUGAUCUUGAGAAUGCCAUUGAACAAGUGCUUGGAAGUGAAGGAGCUGACCUUGAAAAUGAUGGCAAGCAGGUGCUCGGCAUUCAUAAUGUGGAUGAGAGUGAGCAUGUGAUCGAAAUUGAGAGGAAUGACCAUGAGGGCAACUAUGAGCAAAUGCUUGAGAUCCAAAGCAAUGACAGGGACAGCAGCAGUGACCAAAUGCUUGGUAUUUCUGCCAAUGGUGCUCAAAAUGAUCAUACACUAGGAAAGUCUUAUCUCCAACCUGUUGAGGGAAUGGAGUUUGAAUCAUAUGAUGAUGCCUAUAACUUCUACAACUACUAUGCCAAGGAGCUUGGAUUCGGUAUAAGGGUCAAAUCUUCAUGGACAAAACGUAAUAGCAAAGAGAAGCGUGGGGCAGUACUCUGUUGCAACUGUGAGGGCUUCAAAACAAUGAAAGAAGCGUGUACUCGAAGAAAGGAAACAAGGACAGGAUGUCUGGCAAUGAUAAGGUUGAGGUUGGUGGAGUCAAACAGAUGGAGAUUGGAUGAAGUAAAACUAGAACAUAACCAUUUAUUUGAUCAUCAAAAGGCUCAAAACUCCCGGUCAAAUAAGAAGAUAGAAGCAGGGAUCAAGAGGAAGUCGAGUUCUGCUGUUGAUGUGGAAGUGAAAACAAUUAAGCUUUAUCGAACUCCAGCUCUCGAUGCAGUAAAUUAUGGAAGCUCAAGUGAAGGAGGUUUCAGCCACCAUACAGACCAGUUGAAACGUUUAAAAUUUGGAAAUGGUGAUCUUGAAGUUAUGCAAAAUUAUUUUCGUCAGGCACAGCUUGCUGACCCAAACUUCUUUUAUGUUAUGGAUUUAAACGAUGAAGGGUAUGUAAGGAAUGUUUUCUGGAUCGAUUCCAGGUCAAGGGCUGCCUAUGGCUAUUUUAGUGACGUGGUAGUUGUUGACUCAACAUGCCUGUCAAAAAAGCACAAUAUUCCGCUGCUCUCAUUCAGUGGACUGAAUCACCAUGGUCAAUCUGUGUUAAUGGGUUGUGGGUUGCUCGCUGAAGAAACCUUUGAGACUUAUGUUUGGCUGAUGAGAGCAUGGCUGACAUGUAUGUUUGGACGUCCUCCACAAACUAUAAUCACGGACCAAUGCAAGGCACUGCAGGGUGCAAUCUCUGAAGUUUUCCCAAGGGCUCAUCAUUGUCUCCAUUUACCCCUUGUGAUGCAGAGCAUUCACGAAAGGUUAGGGGAGGUGGGGGAGUCGCAAGUGUUUCAAACAGUAUUAAACCGAACAGUGUACAGCACAACAAAGAUAGAAGAAUUUGAAACAGGCUGGGAGGAGAUGAUUCAACAUUUUUCCAUGAGCGAUCAUGAAUGGCUCAACAGCUUGUACGAAGACCGAGAAAGAUGGGCCCCGGUUUACUUUAAAAACUCCAUUUUUGCCGGAAUAUUUACUUAUCAGCCCGGUGAAUACACAAAUCCGUUUUUCCAUGGCUAUUUAGAUGAUCAAACGAGCUGGACUGAAUUCUUCAAGGUAUACGAAUCACUUCAACAAAAAAUGAUCCAGAGGGAGGCUCUUGAUGAUAUUGAGUCGAGAGAGUUUAGACCAGUGUUAAGCACGAGAUGCAGUUAUGAGACGCAGGUCUGUGAACUGUAUACCAAAGAGAUAUUCUUGAAGUUCCAAGAAGAAGUGGCGCUGAUGCAUGGUUGUUUCAGUGUUACUCACGUUCAUGUGAACGGGCCAAUAAUAACAUAUAUGGUUAAAGAACGAAAUGAUGGAGGAGAUGCAAUGGAGGCUCAUAACUUUGAAGUUGUAUAUGAUAAAGUUGGGAUGGAGGUUCGCUGCAUUUGUUGCUGCUUCAGUUUCAGAGGAUAUUUAUGCAGGCAUGCAUUGACCGUCCUCAACUACAACAGUACAGAGGAGAUCCCCGGCCAGUACAUCUUGACGCGGUGGAGGAAGGACGUGAAACGCCUAUACAUUCCUAAUAUUGGCUCCAACAAUAUCGACAUCAGCAAUCCUGUGCAAUGGCACGAGCAUCUGUACAGGCGCGCCAUGCACGUGGUUGCGGAAGGAAUGGCUUCGCCAGAGCAUCAUAUGGUUGCCUGGCAAGCAUUUAAGGAAUCGCUCAAUAAGGUAAGGCUUGCUGCAGAGAAACCUGUGUAGUGUAGAGUAGCAAUAUAGGGAAUGGCAAUCAUGAAAUCUUGCCAAAUUGUAUAUACAUUGAUUGUCUUUGUUCUUGAUGAUACACAGAAUAGUUUUUAUA